AUGCCUUUCAGAAUCGAUGAGGCUGCUGAGUUGCAUUUUGAUCCCUACGGCGAUUCUCAUAGAAAUCUAGACCAUGACGACGGCACCAUACGUUUGCCAUAUGAUCUGGUGUAUCGUCCAACAACAGAAUUCUCCUAUGAAGCUGCUAUGAAGAGGCUCACUGAAUUAGAUCGUGAGACUUCCUCUGACAAGUUUAAAUUUUUCACGUCACCUGGAAAUCUUGGAAGCUUUCACGAUCACGAUGCAGGAGAGGGUUUAGGGCUUGUCCAAGCGCAAGGUCAGCUGCUCAAGAUUUCAGCAACCAUCGACAUGGAUAGCAGGUUGAGUGUCGGAUGUGCUGGGGCAGUGCUAGCUUACAUCGGACGUCACAAAGCCAUGCACCAGCUGCCGGGGGAUACAUCCGCGUCUCAUAUCUUGCGAGUUGGCAAGGUUGAAAUGUUUGGCGUCGAGAACAUGAUGUUCAUCAAUGCUGAUACUCUGGCAUCACUCCAAAUCCUUCGCUCCGACUCGAAUCCAAAUGCUCACAGCCAAGGACCAUCGAAAGGUGUGUCAGGCUCUAAGGAGGGCCUAUCUAUAUACGGCUUGUUUCACCGGCUUGCACGAACAUCCCAAGGAAGGCAACUCCUUCGCCAAUGGUUCUCACGUCCCACGUUAGAUCUCAGCACUAUCCAAGAGCGACUGGAGUCGAUUGAAACCUUCUUAAUGUCGGACAACGAGACAUCAAUGAAAAAAGUUGUCAAAAACCUCGGUCAAGUCAAGAAUAUUAAAACAAUCUUGCUUCACCUACAAAAAGGGAUGAACCAUGGGCUUAAAAAAGGCGGUGUCAGGAGUAGUGUCUGGUCUAACAUACGCCUUUUUGCAUUUCACUCACUGCAGAUCCGGGACGCUAUGAGUGAAAUCAUCGGGGCAGAGCACCUCCAGAUAGGAAAGAGAGUCUUUGCCAAUUUUGACACCCAGACACUGGCAUCCAUUGGAGAGCAAAUUGGGGAAGUUAUCAAUUUUCAAGCUUCAGCUGACAUGCAUCGUACAGUUGUCAACUCGGGUAUCGACCGAGAGCUUGAUAACUUGAAGCGAAGCUAUAGCGGCAUGGAACAUCUACUAGACAACGCGUCCAAGGACAUUGCCGCGACCAUCCCAAGAACUUACGUCGUCAAUUUGAAAGUCAUCUUCUUUCCCCUGGUGGGGUUCCUCAUAACUGUCCAAAUGGACUCUAACGGUGGUACUGUAAGCUUUGAGGGCGGUUUUGAGGAGGGAUUCCAGUGGGAUCAUAUCUUCUCGGCUGAUGGCAUGAAGUUCUACAAAGACUAUCGCAUGCGAGAGUUGGACGAGAGUUGGGGGGACGUGUACACCUCGAUUUGUGAUAAGGAGAUUGAGAUAGUGCACCGCCUUGCCCAGGAUAUUCUGGUCCAAACAGAUCUACUCGGCAUGAUAUCUGAAGUGUGUGGGGAGCUCGACAGCUUAACUGCGCUGGCGCAGGGUGCUCGAUUAUAUGGAUUCUGUAAGCCGAUCCUUACACAAGACAACUUCUUUGAUAUACGAGGCAGCAGGCACCCACUGCAAGAACUGUGCGUCGCUUCCUUCGUCCCAAAUGAUGUGCAUCUACAGGGCGGUCACGGGCCUGUCUCGUGUUCAGAGGCCGAUAAAGGGGGCAACAGCAGUCUUUACGGUGCGCGACAAGACGCUCGAAGGUCAAAGGAAAUUGCUUACCCUAGCAUGUUGAUAAUGACUGGUCCUAAUUUCUCAGGAAAAAGCGUAUUUCUCAAGCAAGUGGCCCUAGUCGUGUACAUGGCGCAUGUUGGUUGCUUUGUCCCGGCUCAUAGGGCGGUUAUCGGCCUCACUGACAAGAUUCUGACCCGAAUUGCAACACGCGAAACUGUGUCGAGGAUCCAGAGUGCAUUUAUGAAUGAUCUACAGCAGGUAGCAUUGGCCACCACACUGGUCACGAGACGCAGUCUCCUUCUACUGGAUGAAUUUGGAAAGGGGACCGACUCACACGAUGGCGUAGGGCUGGCGUGUGGUGUCUUCGACCAUUUCCUUAAAAUGGGUGACGAACGGCCCAAGGUACUUGCAGCAACCCACUUCCAUGAGAUGUUCGAGAACGGCUUUCUGAAAGCAAACUCAUCGCUUGCUUUCGGAUACAUGGAGGUACGUGUGGACGAGAAGGCCAAGGAUGUCGACGAUCAGAUCAUCUAUCUCUACAAUGUCAGGCCAGGCCGGAAGAAUUCCAGCUAUGGCAGCUUCUGUGCUGCUAAGAAUGGGGUUGAUGACGCGAUCAUUGCAAGGUCCGAAGAGCUUGAGGAACUGAGUGCGAAAGGGGAAGAUAUUGUCGCCGCAUGCGCACGUGUUUCUACAGCUGAAGAAGAGAAUCUCUCCAAAGCCGAGCGGGUAGCACGAGAUUUUCUUGUUCAAGAUAUGCGUGAAAUGCAAGGCUCGCCGGAAAAGGCUCGGCUCUUAUUGAGCUUGAUCACAUGA